AAGAGCUCUGGCGGCCGUCUCCCGUGGGUAGGGAUGAGUUAACUUCUCCUGCACUAGGGGGGGAAUUGUGUCCAACUGAAGCGACUGGAGGGCGAAAGAAAAAAAAACAAUCAUCCAGCGUUUUCAAACAGGUUGAUUCUUGGCAGCAGCAGAGAGUGAGAGCUAUGUAAAGAACGGUGCGCGUCGAUAGUCCAGAAGAUUCCUGCCGGGGUUUGCUUCCUCCGGGAGGAGCGUCGUGCCAAAGUUGUGGAGCUGCUCAUUCAUGCAAAUUUCUAAAAUCAUAGGCGGUGCCUUUGGGCGACGGAGUCACGGCCGGAAAAGCAAACCCCCUCCUGGAUCCUUCAAACACUGCGAUGCUCGGACUCCCUGACAGAGUGACAAGAGAGCAACACGAACUUCCACAUCUCCGCUGAAGCGUCUCGUCUGCGGGAACUGCGAGCAAGAGUGAGACUCCAUGCGCUCAUCCGCACUCUUCUGACCACCCCUUCCUUUUUCUGUCGGUUCAAAGCACACUUUUUUUUCCCGACUUUCCAAAGGACUAAUAAGAGCGACCAUGUCUGAGGACGACAGCGGCUCCAGCAACAGCCGUGUUUCGGAGGCGGAGGGCGGAAACGUCAGCGUCCUGCACUGGGAGCAAGUGCAGCGCCUGGACGCCAUUCUGACCGAGACCAUCCCCAUCCACGGCCGUGGAAACUUCCCCACCCUGGAGAUGCAGCCUCGGCAGAUCGUCAAGGUGGUGCGCACUCGGAUGGAGGAGAAACAGAUCCGCGUCCGGGACGUCCGACUGAACGGUUCCGCAGCCAGCCACAUCCUGCACGAAGACAGCGGACUGGGCUACAAGGACUUGGACUUGAUCUUCUGCGCAGACUUAAAAGGGGAGAGCGCUUUUCAGACGGUGAAGGACAUAGUGUUGGACUGCCUGCUGGACUUUUUACCCGACUGUGUGAAUAAGGAGAAAAUUACACCACUGACCUUAAAGGAGGCGUACGUGCAGAAGAUGGUGAAGGUGUGUACGGACUCGGACCGCUGGAGCCUCAUCUCCCUCUCCAACAACCGAGGCAAGAACGUGGAGCUCAAGUUCGUGGACUCUCUCCGCCGCCAGUUUGAGUUCAGCGUGGACUCCUUCCAGAUCAAGCUGGACUCCUUGCUGCUCUUCUACGAGUGCUCUGAAAACCCCAUGACGGAGACCUUCCACCCCACCAUCGUGGGCGAGAGCGUGUACGGGGACUUCGGCCAGGCCCUGGACCACCUGCGCCACAAGGUCAUUUGCACCAGAAACCCGGAAGAGAUCCGCGGCGGCGGCUUGUUGAAGUACUGUCACCUGCUGGUGAGGGGCUUCCGGGCGGCCUCCGAGUCCGAGAUGAAGUCCCUGCAGCGGUACAUGUGCUCGCGCUUUUUCAUCGACUUUCCCGACAUCGGCGAGCAGCAGCGCAAGCUGGAGUCCUACCUCCAAAACCACUUUGUGGGCCUGGAGGACCGCAAGUAUGACUAUCUGAUGACCUUGCACGGGGUGGUGAACGAGAGCACGGUGUGUCUGAUGGGGCACGAGAGGCGGCAGACUUUGGGGCUCAUCGCCAUGUUGGCGGUGCGCGUCCUGGCCGAGCAGAACGUCAUCCCCAAUGUGGCCAACGUCACGUGCUACUACCAGCCGGCCCCUUACGUGGCAGACGGCAACUUCAGCAACUACUACAUCGCGCAGGUCCAGCCGAUGUUCGCCUGUCAGCAGCCGGCGUUCUCCACCUGGCUGCCCUGUAACUGAGCAAGGCCUGAGGAUAGAAGAGCGGGAGUUUCAUCUGUUUAAACAGGUCCGAGCGCCCUCAAACCUGCCUGGUAUUUGACAGCCAGCAGGGAAAAAAAAAAAAAAAGCAGAGUCUUCUAUUUAAUGUUUUGCAUCAAAGCUUGUGUUAUGGUUCAUACGUUGUGUAUGAAUGAUAGGGUCACUUUGAGUGCAUACUUUAAUGUGAAUGUGUCACAUUUACGAUCUGAAUUCGACCUGGUGAUGCUCAGGUGUGCGCAGGUGUGUGUGACGGAUUGAAGAAUUGAGCUGCUCUAUCCAGAACUGAAUAGCCGGCACCCUCACAGCGACUUCAGCCCACACACACACACACACGCUCAGACACACUGCUCUACGGUUGUUUACAGACCAAAGAAUUUUUUUUUGGAUUGUCUCAAACAUGAAACCCAGUUUUUAUGGGGGAAACAUAUUUUGUGAAACUGUGUCUUCAAGUGCCUACCGCCUCUCAGCGGGCGACAAAGGAAAACAAAGGAGGAGGCCAAAUCAUUGUGUGAAUUCUCCCCACUCGUGUUUAUAGUCGGGCACAACAGCACCCCAGAGGCUUGUGAAUGUAUCAGUGGAACCAUGCACAGUCAGUGUUUGUGUACUUUAAUUAUUAAAAAGGUGGAAGCUACUGUUUUGAAUAUGUCUUGGGAAAGUAGCAGUCAAGGGAUCCGAAACGAGUACUGUUUCCUCAAAAUUGUCAUCAGCAAUUUAUUAUUCAUUUUGUACCGUGGUGCUUCUUCUUCUUCUCAAUGGAGGAAAAAACUGUUUACAAAAAAAAAAAAAAAAAAAAAAAAAGUACGGCAGAGGAAAGAGGACUAGUGUGCGUGCUUCCUUCUUGAAGGAAAUUUGACGAGACACCUCAGAUGAUGAGAGUGUUUGCUCUAGCACUGGGGCAGGGAAUUCCUCAGCUGCUGCUGAAGAGCUUGAACUUUGUCGGGUUCGCAGACACUUUUCAGAAACCGUCGUGCCAAACAUCUUGGUAGGCCUGCUGAUGGCGCUGGGCUUUAAAGAGGCCAUGUGUCAGCGUGAGCAAGAGAGUGGAUGUGGACGGCAGACAGGAAGAGGAGAGGAUGUGAAGCGUGAAUCUGGAGAGAUGGGUGCAGCUGGUGAUGGGGUUGUAUCUCUUGAUGCUUGACUGCCGGUGUGAAGGUCAGAUGACAAAUCAAUGGGAAAGUACUGCAGCUUCAUCUGUUGUUAUUAAAGGCUUACUGUUUGACUUCAUUUUCUAUUACUGAUCAUGAACUGUACAUACAUGAAUACACGCUUUCGCUUCAGCUUCAUCAGCGGCCUCAUCACACAUUUGACCCCAAAGACCAGCAGAGGUUCGACGCUGCGGCGAAAAGAGAAAACCCUCCACUGAUUCUCUUCCCAUCUGCAAACAGCUCUGAUUUGCUUGCGUCUUUUUUGACGAUAUCCUUCGGAUUGUGCCAGCGAUUUUAUUUAUACUCAGUGACCAGCUAGUUAACUCCAGUCCGCCUGUCGGUUAGUGAUCGUGCCUAGAGAUUGUGGGUUACUUGCGUCAGUCUUUUGUGUCACAAGCAUUUUUUUUUUUAAAUCGUGUAGAAAAAUUCCGAAAAAAAAGUUCCUUGUCUUGUAUGUAUAUUUUUAUGAUGGAUAUUUUUUAUAAAUAUAUCAGACACUGCAAGUGUUACGAUGAGUCUGUGAUCAGGCGUCCAAUGAAAUGUUCUCAAUAGCUUUUUAUUUUUUGCUGUUCUACUAUGUGUCCAAUGGGUCAAAAGGUUCAAGAUGUUUUCAACAAUAAAAGAUCGGAAAAGUCAGAGUUCCGUGUCUUGUAUUCUCUGUUCAACUGAAUCAUCAUCAGAGAACGUUCUAUCAGUGUUCGCUCUUGUUGAUGCAGACACGACUAAGUCUUCCGGACUGAGAGCUAUUAAACAUUUACGACAAAACAUUAACAUCAAACAGCCAAAUU